AUGAACAGAAACUUGGAGAGACCAUUCCACUGUGCUGUUAAAGUGACAACUGAGCCAGCGCUAAUUGUACGUUCAACAUGGUUGGAAGGUAUUAAAUGUUUUUUCUCGGUUGGUCCAUUUGAUUGCUCAACAGCUAAAAAAGACGCACAAACUGCUGCUCAAGAAGCUGAAUAUCACUAUCCAGCAACAAUUCAUAACGGUGUAGGUGAUGCAUAUCGCCAUUGUUUGUGGAAUGCUCUAAUGACAUUGCAUAUUGGUGCUGAUCAAGCAAAAACCGUCGCUGAUAACCAUGAAGAUUUGGGUGAAGGUCCCGCGCAUGAGAAACAAAUGGAUUUAAAAAAUAAUCUUAUUGGACGAGAAAUUGGUACAAAAGCAACGUCAGAAGCUGCAGCAAGAAUUAAAUGUGCCGAUGGCUUGUACAAUGGACAAUUAGAAGUUAAUCCAUAA